AUGACAGACGCAGUAGACUUUGUCACAAAGCGGAUCUUUUAUUUGCUUCUCCAAGAAUGCAGUGUCAUAGACAAGCAGACUCAGAAGCUCUUGAAAGUGCCCAAAGGUAGCAUCGGGCAGUUUUUUCAAGACCGUUCUUCUGUGGGGCACUCCAGAAAUAUUCCUUGUAAAGGCAAGAAACUGCAGAUUGGAUUAAAGAUUUUGGAACAACCUCAUGCAAUCCUGUUUGUGGAUGAGAAGGAUGUUAUAGAAAUAAAUGAAAAACUAGCCGAGUUGCUUUUGGCCAUUACUAACUGUGAAGAAAGAUACAGUCUGUUUAAAAGCAAAAGCAGGUUAACUAAAGGCAUCCAAAUAGACAUUGGCUCAUCUGUUAGAGUACAGCUGAGAUCAGGAGAUGACAAAUUUCCUGGAGUUGUUCGUUUCAGAGGACCCUUAUUGCAGGAAAGGUCCAUAACGGGGAUAUACUUCGGAGUAGAGUUGUUGGAAGAAGGACGCGGUCAGGGCUUUACUGAUGGACAGUACCAAGGCAAGCAGCUUUUCAGAUGUGAUGAGGAUUGUGGGGUUUUUGUUGCUUUGGACAAACUGGAGCUGGUGGAAGAUGAUGAUAAUGAACUGGAAAGUGACUAUGCAGCUCCAGUUGACGCAAUGCAGGUAGAACUUCCUCCUCUGGAGAUCAACUCCAGGGUUUCUCUGAAGAUAGGAGAGAGUAUAGAGUAUGGCACAGUUAUAUUCUGUGAUGUCUUGCCAGGAAACGAAAGUUUAGGAUACGUUGUUGGAGUGGACAUGGAUAAUCCUAUUGGAAACUGGGAUGGACGAUAUAAUGGAAUACAGCUGUGCAGUUUUGCAAGUGUUGAAAGUACACUUCUUUUGCAUAUCAAUGAUGUUAUACCAGAGACUGUGUCACAGGACAGGAGACCUCCCAAGCUUGCCUAUACCUCAAGAGGUGGUGGGGACAAAAGCUUGUUCAAUCACAGUAAGCCAAAGGCGACAG